UUUUCAUUGCAACAUCAACUUAACUCUCCACGCGCAAUGUACGGACACACUCACAACAAUGAGACAUAUAAUUUCUCACCGGACUUUCUUCUCAUGUCGGGAUCACUGCUUCCACCGCAUAAGACCACCGAUUACCUCAUCCCUCCACCCCCUUUAAUCAUCCCUGGGUACGAGUUGGACUCAUUGUAUACAACGAGUAGCGGAGGGUAUGACUCACCGAGUUAUACCGCGAGUUUGACCAAGGAGAUUCAUAGGAGUGGAAGUAGUCAGUCCAUAGCUAGUCAGUUUAAUAACUGUAACAAUGGCUUCUUAAAUCAACAUGUUUCGUCCCCUACUGAGUUACUAGACUCAGAAGGAAGUAGUUCCACUUCAAUGAGGAGGGUUUUCAGUGCAGGAGAUAUACAGGGAAUAAAUAUGGUACAUAGUAACUUCCAUCGAUCAGAAAGUCCAUUAUCGAGUGAAAGUAACAGUAUCAUCGAAAGGAUGAACAAGGCCUGUCGGUACUCACCUGAUGAGAAAAAAGAAAGAAUCGAACGGUAUCGAAGCAAGAAAACGCAGCGUAACUUCACCAAGAAAAUCAAGUAUGUAUGUAGGAAAACAUUGGCAGAUAGUAGACCUCGUAUACGAGGUAGAUUUGCUCGAAACGAUGAAAUCUCGACAAUGGUACAUCAAUGCGCGAGUCAAGGAGGGGGAGAAGAAGGAAAUGAUUAUGAAGAUGAUGACAACUGGAUGAACAACUUUCUUGAUUCAUUCCCACCAAGUCUCAUUCCCUAAAUUUACAAACCUAUGUUUGCUUUCCAUGUAAUAGGAGAUCCCAACCUUAUUAAUUUAAUCAUGAAUAUCUAGAUGAAUGUCUAAGUGUAGAUUUUAUUAUGUAUUUGUUUAGAGUUUCUGUGGUGAUAAUCACAAGCUUCCCUCUAGUAGUAUUAUUUAUUUUUUA